AUGGCCAGCAACUCCAGUGCACUGCCCCGGGUGACUUUCCAGACGCCAGAGAAACCUGGGGAGGAAUCAUCACACAGGAAACUGGGCAAGUUAACCAUCAAGUACAACCGCAAGGACCUACAGCGCUGGCUAGACCUGGAGGAAUGGAUCAACAGCCAGCUGCAGGAGCUGUACCAAUGCCGGCUAAGAGAGGAAACAGAGGCAGCAGCUCCUGAACCACAAAUAGAUCUUGAAGAUCUCCUGGAGGUCCCUAAUGAAGAACAGAAAUUAAAACUACAGCAAAUCCUCCAUGAGUGUGCCAGCCCGACAGAGGACUUCAUUACGGAGUUGCUUAGUCGAUUGAAAGGUCUCCGGAGAGUCACCAAUCCUCAGAAGAAAUGACCUUGUCCACAUGGAGCACCCAGCUUUGGUCACAAGAAAACGUGUAUCUUCCCCACAAAAACCAGGAUCAGCAGCAUCACUUCAGAGUAUGUUUAGGACUUACUGUUACUGAGAAACAUCACUAAGUUUGUGAACUUUGUACCAGUGGUUUGAAGUCUCCUCUCCUUCCAGAUCUAUGCACACAGCAGGGAGCUAGACUGUAUAUCUUCCUGAUUCUUAAAGGGCAUGUUAACCUGGGGAACAGGACAAGAUGUCCUUCCUUUAGUUUCCUCUAGGAAUUUCCAUGCUGGCUGAGGAGCACUGAAUACAAUUCUCAGGAGCUCAUCAAGACUUCUUUCUUUCCGUCCACUGCAAGGAAAACAAGGCAUUGGUUAUCACUCAUUCAUCAACAUGGAAAAUCAGUUACUGUUAAGCUGCACCCUGUUUCAGUCUGGCUGGGACCCAGCUGUGAUCUCCUGCUUGUUACUGCUGUACCUGACUCUACAGCAUUGCACGUACUUUGUAAGUCUUAUUAAGCCUCUGUUAUUCAUGAAGGUUGGACAGAAAAUAUACAGCAGCAUGGAAGGAAAAUGUUUGAGUACACCUGGUCUACUUAAAGGGAAGUUAGUGAAACAGCUGCUAAGGCUAAUGGAAGAGAGAUUGUUUUCCCUUUUUGUGGAAUUUAGGACUUAAUGAUUUAGAAGCAUCUUCUAAAGAAGCAAAGUCUGGGAAUGAUUUUUCUCAUCAUUUAAAAAGAUGUUGGAAAAAUGCUUAUUUUGUAUAUUAAACCAGGGAAAACCAGCUGUGCACUGCUUGCUUUUGUUCUCUUUUUAGACACUAAAGAAAAACUGAAGUGAAAAAAUACCUGCUCCCAAUUUCCCUGCAGGGACCAUCUUUUGCAGACAGGUAGGUCUCACAAAUGGGAAGUAGGACACAUUGCCUUGCUGCACAAACUCUUCUGGCUACAACUAACAUGUGGCUGGAAAAAUACAGAGGAAACUACAUCCAGCCUCUAAGCAAGUCAGUAACUUGACACAUGUGGCUAGGAAAUAAGACAGCAAAUGGAGGCUGAUUGCUUAGGCAGAGCAGACUCUCACAUUAUGUCCUGCCCCUAUGCUCUCAUGCCUGCCACUCAAACACAAGAGAUGAGUUGCUGAGUCACAUGCAGAGGGCGGCCUAUGUACCAGUAUUUUCAAGGCUAGCUUUUGAGUACAUGUUUUGUCAGACAGGAACAGAAGGGGCCAACACUUUGGAACAAAAGGGACAUGCAGGUUAGCUAACAAAGACAAACAAGAACUCUUGGGCUGGACCAGUAAUAUCUUAAAUACAUUAGUCUUUUCAUCUUUAUCAGUACCAGGGUGAUGACUAUUACCUUUUGCUUCCCUCCUGUUUUCUAGCAGAAGUGUCAGUGAACAAGCUGUGGGCUGUGCACAUCUCUGAGAGGACAAAAUCCAAGCUGCAGUUAACUGUGAUGUAAGGGCUGGCUUCCCUUCACAUGCUGUUCUUGUAUGCGACAGCCUCCUGGAAGUUAGCAAGCCGUGCAGCUCAUACCUUGUCCUAAGGCUGCUCCAAGAGGCUCCAAGCCUCACCCACUAGGCUGGAGAAAUGGUCUUUCUUUAUCAGGUCCAUAUAUAUCUAUGGUAGCUCUAGGGACAUGCCAUUUCUUGAUUAAUAAGGGGAUAAUAGGACAUGCCUGCCCUCCUGAAAUCUCAACUUUGUAAGCAAAAUAACAACAAAAAAAUAAAUCCAGAGCUGUGCUGGUUGUAGAUCUGGCAUUGCUCAUGGAUUGACACCUGCUAAGACAUAUAUCACAGCCCUUGAGAAAGGAGAUAUAAAGCACACUGACAAAGAGCUCUGAGCACUGUUAAAAACACAGACUAGGUUCAAACAGAAGUUCAGGUGGAAGAUCUAUGUGGACAGGCC